GGUAGCGAUAAGGAUAAUGCCAUGGCCGUGUUCCUCCAUGUGUUCGUAUGUGCUGAAUUAGGCCUUGUCUCUAGUGUUGACGUAUAAAUGAAGGAAGGGCGUCUCACGAAGGGGGGCCAUCACAGGUUAUAGAACAGUUUGAGAGUGAAUACUGGCUCGACAACACGUACAUAAGGACCGAUCUGUGGACUUCUGUUAAAGGCCUUGACUGUUCCCGCUAUGCGUUUGACCGCAUUCAAAUAAAUUGAGAAGCGAGUACGACGCAGUGGUAUCAGUCACCUCGAGUUAACGCAAAUAAUCUAAGCGUGUGAAAUGGCGCUUACAGUCAAACGCAGAGGGAGAUCGUUGCUGUUACGAUGCCGUGACGAUAAAGAGACGGACGGAACUGAACUGCGGUAAGUCUACGGAAGUGCACGGUGUUUGACGGGCGAUUAUUAUGUGACAGAAACAUCAUAGCUGUGUACGAGUGUACGGAUCGAACAUAUGAUCAAGUUUUGAGGAACGCUGAGGGAGAUCAUUGCUGUUACGUUGCCGUGACGAUAAAGAGACGGGCGGAAGGAGUGAACUGCGGAAAGCCUACGGAAGUGACACGGUGUUUGACGGGCGAUUAUUGUGAGGCAGAAACAUUAUAGCUAUGAAAGAGUUUACGGAUCGAACAUAUGACCAAGCCUACUUGUGAUUAGUUUUCGGAGAAAAGUAACAAAGUUUUUGAGGAUGGCUAUUUAUGAUUAGCGAAUCGGGAAACUGUUUCUGCACGCUAAGGGAGUGAAAUGCUUGAAAUUGAUGCAAUAUGUCAUGGAGGAAGUUUCUUGUUAGUGACAUUAGCGACCUUGGCCCUCGUGCACGCAAGUGCCCGUGUUUAGGAGAAAGGUGAAAUAGGUAAACUGAAUGAAUGAAAAAUAACCUAUAAUUCGGAGCUGAAUCAAAGAAACGGAGUAGUUGGGAAGAAACAACACUGGCUUCCCGCCCAUUACAUGUUAUUAUUUGGAUGUUAAAGGUGAUGCAAAAGGUAACUAACUCUGGAGGACAUAGCAAACCUCAAGAAUUAAUCGGUAAUACUUCUCACAGAGACUUUUCGAUGAAAACAAAACUGAAGAUGCUAAAAUGAAAGAAUGUGAGAUAAUGCAGAAAGAGGAAAUGGAGGUAUUAGAGUAUGAGAAAGAGAGGCAGUUAAUUAAAAAUGAAAGGGAUGUAGCUCACGCUAGGCUUGGGAUGGCAAAGAAAAUUAGAAGGGGAUUAGGUCCCAAAAGUAGAGUGAGUUCUUACGAUCAAGAGAUAUCUUAAGUUCCGAGGUUUGAAGGGUUUAGUAACCCUUAUGAUUCCAGGCGAUAUGGCUUACGUGACGACGGAACAUAUGAUGAAAACAAAUACCAAGGCCGGAGUAUAAAUGCCUGUAAAUAUGGAGACCUUCCAGAUAUGCCCAAUUUGAAUUUCAUAGCAAAAAUAGACUCGUUCGUCAAAGAAAUGCAAAAAACCCAAUAUGGAUAUUGGGCCAUUUGAUGGUAACUCUCUUGACUUCAAUAGAUUUAUGAGACGGUUUCGAACAAAGGUGCUAAAGUACUGUACUUCCUAUGAUGAACGUUUAAGCUAUUUAGAACCAUUUACCACAGGGGAAGCAAGAGAAAGAAUACAAGAAUUUAUGAACAUGAAUCCAGAAAGGGGGUAUGAGGCAGCCUUGAAAGAACUUGAGGAUUGUUAUGGGAAUGAUGACGUUGUGGCCCAGGCUUAGAUCAAGAAGGCUCUGGAUUGGCCGGUAAUCAAGGGAAAUGAUGUGGGAGCUCUUGACAAAUUUUCCAUGUUUCUCACAGGAUGUGAGUGUGAUAUAUUAAGUAUGGAUUCAGUUAAAACUUUAGGAAGCCCAGACAACAUGAGAAAACUUGUUAUGAAAUUGCCAUACAACAUGCAAGAAAGGUGGCGUGCAAUUAUCUGAGAGAAGGGUGAUGCCUCUCAGCCUGUCGUAUUUUCAGACUUGGCAGAAUUCGUUUCAGGGGAAGCCAAGAAAGCCGGGCAUCCCAUCUAUGGUAUAGAACAACUAAACGAGGGUAAAACUAAUAACCCUACGAUGAGACAAGCAUUUGCUACGCAAGUCCAAGAAAGGGAAUUUGAGAGUAGUGAUAAAGACUACGAAACUGGGUGUCAUCAAUGUAAGGGAAAUCGUAGGCUACUUAACUGUAAAAGGUUUGAGGAAUUUAAAUAUGAAAGGAAACUUGAGCUAAUAAGGGAAAAGAAUUUGUGCUUCUCAUGCUUGAGAACUGGUCGUGGUAACGCUCAAUGUUUCAAGAAGGAAAUUUGCCUUGGGUGCAGUAAAGAACAACCCACAAUAAUGCAUGUGGAGAGAGUGUUUGAUGAGGUUAAGCAAAAUACACCACUACAGGAGGAAAUUGGGAAUCUAAGGGCCGAAUUGGAGAAGUUAAAAAUUGAAAACAUGACAUUGCAAAGCAAGUCUGAGCAACAGGAAGCUCAAAAUCCCGAAGAGGUGGUAAACAUGAAUGCAGAAGCUUGCCAUACACUGUCAGAGGGAACAGACAAAAUGGCCGCAUUAGCAAUCAUAUCAGUGAAAGUUAAAUGGAAGAAUAGUCACAAAACCGUACAGACACUGGCAUUCUUAGAUCCGGGUUCAACUACAACUAUUUGUUCAGAAAAACUAAUGAAUGAGCUGGAGUGUAAGGGAAAGGGAAUCACAUGCAACUUGGAGACCCUUGAUGGGAAAAGGAAAGUGAGCUUACGGCACUGAAGGAUCUACAAAUUGGUGCCUUGGUAGGAAGCGAUUCGGUAGACUUAAAAAAUGUUAAUUCUUAGUACAAUAUAAAUAUUUGCAGAGGGUUUAGGUCUUCAAGGGAAGGCUUAAAAAAGAGGCCAUGUUUAUAGGACAUAGAGAUUCCACAAUCCGAUGGAGAAGAGAAACCGUUGAUCGGAAACAAUAACCUAGAAGCAUAUAGACCAUUAAAAAUUGUAUCAGAAAAGGAAUACUGCGCAGUUGCUGCCUAAACAAAAAUAGUUUGGAUAAUAUGGGGUCUACUGAAGUGAUAGGGAGCGGAUCUUGUAACAUCUUACAAAACUGGUACGGCAGAACUUAGUAAGUAUGAAGAACGGAAAGGGCUCGACCAUUUGGUAAGAGAACUAAUCAACAUGGAGUUCCCAGAAAGGAUAAUAGAUGAUAAAGAGGAAAAUUCAUUUAAGGAUAAGUUGUUUUUAAGUAAAGUUCAAGAUUCAAUGAAACUCGUGGAUGGCAACUAUGAGAUGGAGUUACCAUUCUAUGACGAAGAGAUGAAGAUUCCAAAUAAUCAGAAUUAUGCAAAAUUAAGACUGCAGCAUCUUGAAAACAGGUUCAGCAAAGUCCAAGGAUUUGCUUAAGAAUAUGCAGCUUUUAUGGCAAAAUCAAAUGACAAUGGAUACGUUGAACAAGGGCCUGAAUCAGAGAUAAGCAGAAAUGACGGAAAAGUAUGGUAUAUUCCUCACCAUGGAGUAUACCACCCAAGAAAAGCGAAGUUGAGAGUGGUCUUUGAUUGCUCAGCUGAGUACUUAGAUGUCUCAUUGAAUGAUCAUUUACUUCACGGUCGAAAUCUAGCUACCAAGCUUCACAGCAUGUUACUCAGAUUUAGAAAGGAACCUGUAGCCAUCAUGGGUGACAAUGAGUCUAUGUUGUAUCAAGUUGAAGUUCCUGAGAAGCAUAAGGAUUUCUUACGUUUCUAUUGGUGGCCAAAGGGUGACUCGAACAUAGAACCUAAAGUGUUUAGAAUGACUGUACAUUGGUUUGGUGCAAUAUCUAGCCCAGCAUGUGCUAAUAUGGCUUUGAGACAAGUCAUAAUAGACAGUCAGGGACUUUGUGAUGAUGAGGUAAUGAAAUGUAUUAGUGAAUACUUCUAUGUUGAUGAUUGCUUGAAAUCUGUACCAAUGCCAAAGGGAGCUAUUGAUAUGAUCAUGGAUUUAAAAGAUUUAUGCAAAAGGGGAGGAUUUAAUCUAAGAGACUGCAUCAGUAACAGAAAGGAUGUACUGGAAUUAAUUCCAGUAGAAGAUCGCAUACAUCAAAUGGACACAUUAGGUCUAGAUAUACAGACAGGUUUCCACGUGAUGGAAUUUGGAGGAGCCUCAGACUGAAAGGAGAGCCAGAGUAUAUUGUUAUGAGCACCAAGGACAUGUACCAACAUUCCACCACUAUGGUAAGGUCUGCAGCUGGAGAAACAGACCCCUUUGAAGUCAGAGCUCGCCUCAACCAGGGAAGUCCUUUGAGUUCCUUUUUGUCAACCUGCUGGACGUUCUGAUCGAUGAACUUCACCUGGAGCUACCCUGUGACAUUAUAUAUGCCGACGAUGUCAUGAUUUGCAUGGCCGACACAGAGGAACUGAACCAGAUGUUAGAGGGUUGGAGAGUGAAGUUAGAGGAUGGAGGACUCAGGAUCAGCAGACUGAAGACGGAAUGCAUGAAAUGCCACUUCGGAGAGGAGGAUGAGCAGGAGGUGGAUUUGGAAACAGACCUUUAGGUACUCAGAGAGACUGAUAUCUUCACGUACCUAGGGUCUAUGGUGCAGCAUGAUGGAGGGAUGGAAGCAGAGAUUACAAAUAGGAUACAAAGUGGAUGGAGGAAUUGGAGGAAGUGUGUUGGAGUAAUGACAGUUAAGAGAAUGAGCAUGAGGCUAAAGAGAAGGAUCUACACUAGUGUAGUAAGACCCGCACUCACCUAGGGAGCAGAGACCUGGGCAACCACCAAGAGAGAAGAGGAGCGCCUGGAUGUGAACGAAAUGAGAAUGCUGCGAUGGACUCGCGGGGUGACAAUAAGGGACAGAGUGUCUAACCGCCACUUUAGAGAAUCUCUACACGUCACUGAGGUGGCCAGGAAGUGAAAGAGAGAUUAGUUUUGGUUUGGACAUGUCGAGCAAAGAGAGGAGGAGCACUGCCUGAAGUGUGUGUCAGCAGGAAGAGGGGUCCCCGGAAGAAGAGGGAUGGGAGGACCAAGGAUGAGAUGGAAGGAUUGUGUGAGCUGGGAUAUGAGGGAAGCAGGAUUGAACAGAGAGAUGGUCCAGGAUAGAAACAACUAGAGGCGUCAUUUGAGGGACCAUUUCAGCGACCCCGUAUGGUCGGGAAAGGCUUGUAGAAGCUUGUAGAUAUGCAGAAUUUGAGGAAAAUGGAAGAGGAAUGGUUCCCUUGUGCGACCCUUUGUACAGAAGGGGACUGAUGUGGAUGGGCCCAUGCCUGAUGGGGAAUCAAAGGAGUAUGGGAAAUGGAUAAAACCAUAGAUUCCCUGGAGAAUGCUAAGGUUCCAGGAUGUUCAAGGAAAGUGCAAGCUGAAGGUGCUAAUGUACAAUUUCAUUGUUUGCCGAUGCAAGCUAUAGUGGGUAUGGCGUUGCUAUAUAUGCAAGACUCAAAUACUCUGAUCAGAGCAUCGAUUGUGCUCAUGUGGUAAGGAAAAUGGCGGGUCCUCAUGUGGUGAGGAAAUCGGGUCCUCAUGUAUUGAGGAAAAUAACGGGUCCUCGUGUUUAGGAAAAUAACAGGUCCUCAUGUGUUGAGGAAAAUAACGGGUCCUCAUGUGAUGAGGAAAAUAACGGGUCCUCAUGUAUUGAGGAAAAUAACGGGUCCUCAUGUGAUGAGGAAAAUAACGGGUCCUCAUGUGAUGAGGAAA